GAGAGAGAGAGAGAGAGAGAGAGAGAGAGGCGGAGAAACGACCAGAGUUCGUGGGGAAAACCCAGCAAUCCCAACGUGUAAGAAGAACCCGGGGGGUCCGAAGUUCAAUAACGUACAUGUUUGCAUACAGCUUUGAUAUGUACUGCCGAUUGCACUCAUGUGGAAUCUCACUUUAGGGUGAUAAUAAAUGGUAUUAUCAUGUGACAACUACAGAACAAGUGCUUACUUUUACAAUAGACUGUUUAUCGUUUUGUAUUUCGAUAUCUCGCCUUUGGACCUCUGUGCUUAUUAUAGCUAGCUGUAGCAAAGUUGCCUGUUCAUAAUUAUGCACACGUUGAUAACGAAGGGAAGCAUUUUGAGAACUGCGAUAGCUAAACAGCUGAACGUUCCUUAGACACUUCUUUACACACUACACAUAUCAGCAUAAUGGCCUCUGCAAGGCAACAUCUAACAGACAGUCUGCAAUGUCCAAUCUGCAAGGAUCUUCUCACCAAGCCGAAGCUCCUACCUUGCUCACACACAUUCUGUGAAGGUUGUCUGACGCAACUCCACUCAACUCAAGUUCUGGGUAAUCGGAUAAUGUGCGCUGUGUGUCGCUCUGUUGCACCUCUGUCCAACAAUAACGUAUCCAAUUUUCCAACCAAUCAAAUUGUCCAGUCCCUUGCAGAAGAUUUCAAAGAGAGAUCGGACAAGAAGAGAGCAACCGAUUCAACGGAUGGCGCUUCUUCCGGCCAACGUUGCACUUUGUGUGAUGCUGAUGAUCAAGGACUUGCUACCUUCUACUGUCAGCAUUGUUCAGAAUUCCUUUGCGACUAUUGUCUAGAGCAGCACAAUAGGUUUACGCAGAAUGGCCAUCACGAGCUCGUUAGUGCUAGAGACAUUGCGUCAGGGGAAAUCAGAACACAACUUGCGUGUAUAGAACAUCCCAGAGAACUGCAGCAGUUUGUGUGUAUCACAUGUCUGGUUCGCAUCUGUUGUAGGUGUUUGGAAGUGGGUCAUCAGCCUGACAGGCAUGAGGUCAUCGGAAUUGAAGAGUAUGAAGAGAGCCACAAAGCAGCAGUUGAUCUUUUGCAGGAAAAGAUAGAACAGAAAACUGCUGUGAUACAAAGCCAUUCGUCCUUUGUGAAGGAGAAGAUUGGCAUGGUUGAAAAUAUUAUCGGCCAACAAAGGCAAGAAAUCGAGAAUGUCUUUGAGGGUGCUGUCGAACGAAUACGACGAAGGAAAGAUCAACUGCUUGAAGAGUGCAACAUCUAUCAGAGAUCGCUCUGCGAAGAUCUAGAAGGUAUCAUCGAGUUCCACGAAGACUUCCUUGAGAACCUAUCAACCAAGGUUUCUGUGGUCACCGAAGAGUCUACUGCUCAAUGUGGAGACCAGUCAUUGACCGAGCGCGCUGCACGAGUAGGUGAAAUUGAGGCUCUCGUGAAAGGAGACAACCUUGAUGCAUCUCUUCCUGAAUCUAUAGCACUCCGUGCAGAAUUCCUGACCUUCCAACAAGCUGCAGAGUCCAAGGGUCUUGACCUUGGAACUGUUCAGGUCAAGGAGUGGGAGCUUAGAGAAACGGUGAGUUUUGAUGGAGGUGUGACCUGUUUGGCAGCGACGCCUAAUGGACAAUUGGCUAUUGCAACAAGGAAUGGAGACAUCAAGUUCUUUUCGACCGAGGGACAAUUGCUACAGACUACAGUUAUGGAAGGUGUUCGCGGAUUAGGUUUCUUAAAGGAUGGAAGUUGCAUUGUCCGCCAAACAAAUAAUAAAGUCACAGUGUACUCUCUACAGUGGGAGGAACUCGAUGGACGAUUCGAAACUCUGAGCAAAGAAGAAGAUGGGGUCGGUGGGAUCUCAGUAGACAUUCAUGAUCGCAUCUACCUAGACUACAAGAAGGGCAGGAAGAUACAGAUGUUCUCACCAGGAGGUGGGCAAGCAGAGAAGGAGAUCCCAUGCGACGGGUAUGAACCAUGGUAUGUAUCUGUCAUAGGAUCAGGCACCAGAGUCCUAGCUCUUACUCACAGCAACUCGGUAAGGAUCAUUGAUGAUGCGGGGGAUAAGAAACACUUCAUCACAAAGGAAGUGGGUUCUCACAUCCACCCUUCUGUUUGCCAGGAUGGUACCAUUCUCUUGGCCUGUAUGAAUCACAGUAAGGCCGUGUUUAGUAUCGAGCGGUACACUAGUGAGCUCGAGUACACACAGACCCUUGUAGCUGAUCAGAAGAUGGAGAAACCAGAUGGAAAAUGGUGCUUCUUGCAGGAAGUCAUGAGUGGAAAGGUCGUCCUUUGUACUCCAGAUAAGCUAUACAUUUACAGCAAACUGUUUUGGUGAAGAUAUGCUUACUAUUUGAUAGUCCCUCCAUGUCACUCUUUGUAUCUACUAUUCGAAGUUUAAAUUUGAUCGUUUUGUUUUAUAGUUGGAAUAUGCAUGUAAGAAUAAAUGGUAUCAAAUGUUAUCGUAAUUGCAUGUACAUUCCCUGCAUAUCCCUCAAAUUCGUCACUCAUCUAAAAAUUCCAACCAUAGUAUUGCUGCCAGAUCUAUGGGUUUGUACAUGUACAUGUUGACGUACACGGAUCAUUCAAUGUUUUGUGCAAAGUUGCAGUUUUACCUGGCGUGGAAUCGUGCAUAAGUCUAUUCCAACAUUAUUACUGUGGUAACACUCCGUAAAGCAUAUUUCUUUUAGUGUUUUUUUUUUCAUUUAGUGAUUGUUUCUGUAGUAUCGAGAUUUCUCCACUUAGGUUAUGACCUGGUUUUGCACAGGAAUUUUGUCAUUAUUCUCAUUUAAUGAAUAUCACUUAUGAAUGCAAAAUAACAGCGUUCAAAUUAUAUUAAGAGCAAUAGACUUUUGCCUCAACAUUUGUUUAUUCAUUAUAGAAUGCAUUUUUGUAAAGUAACGUCAAAAUGAGGUGUCACAUAAUUUGAAGCAAGAGCGGUUUAAUUUAUCUGGAAACACU